AUGGACUCAUCUUUUGUUGCCGUUGAGAAAGAAUGGCCUGCAGAGCCAGGCGCAGGCAAUGGACAGAGCCCGGGGGGGCCGCUUACGUACCGCAAGGCCAGCGAGCCCUUCAAUCCAAACCUCUUCAAAAACCCACCAUCAGAGUACCGAGGAUGCCCGCGGUGGUCAUGGAACCCGAAGCUGGAGAAGAACAGGCUUUUCCGGCAAAUCGAUCAUCUCAAGGAUAUGGGAAUGGGCGGAUUCCACAUGAAUGUUCGAACCGGAUUGGAUACCGGGUCCAUGGGUACGGAGUUCGUGCAUCGUGCCCAGGAUUGCGUGGAGUAUGCACAGAGCAAGGGCAUGCUCGCCUUCUUCUAUGACGAUGACCGGUGGCCCUCGGGAGUUGCUUGCAAAAGGCCUGUGAAGCAGCAUCUCGAGCGCAAGGCCAAACACAUUUUGCUCACGCCGCACCCGCGUGGUAGUGUUGAAUUGGGAGUUCAUUGCGCACCCAGCUCUGCACAAGCACCUCGAAGUGAACUGGGUUAUCUGCUAGCUCGAUUCUCUAUCACCCUCGAUGAGAAUGGCCGCCUGCAGUCUAGCAGGAGGCUGCAAGAAGACGAAGACGCGGAGCCCGGCGGACGAGUGUGGUAUGCAUACGUUGGGACCAACGCUCCGUCAUCUGGGAUCGAGGGGCAGACCCGCAUCGACACAAUGAGCACCAAGGCCAUGACGCGAUUUCUGGAAAGCACUCAUAAGAUCUAUGAGAAAAUGACAGGCGACAAGUUCGGAACGACGGCGCCUUGCAUUUCCACUGAUGAACCUCGAGUCACGAUCAAGACUCAGCUCUCGAGUCCGGAUGGCGUCGAAGACGUUUUUCUGCCGUGGACUGCAGAUCUUCCCGAUACGUUCCGGGAGACCUACGGCAAUGAUGCCGAUCUCAUCAGCAGUAUCCCGGAACUAUUUUGGGACCUUCCGGGAGAUACGCCCAGCCUGGCUCGAUACCGUUUCUACGACCAUGUCAGUGAAAAGUUCGUCAUGUCCUCUCCGGACCUCCUCGUAAGCUGGUGUGGGAGGAACAAGAUCAUGCUCAACGGAAACAUGAUGGAAGAGCCAAAUCUGUACUCUCAGACCACCGCUCAUGGAGAAACAAUGAGAUAUUAUCGAAACCAGACAUCGCCCAGCAUGUCUCUCCUCAACGACUGUGUUGAAUAUAAUAUAGCCAAGCAAUGUACUAGUGCGGCCCGUCAAAAUGGUAUCCGCGGCGCUAUAAGCGAGAUUUACGGACACGCACACUCGUACUUCACCUUCGAAGGCCACAAACAAUGUGGCGACUGGCAGGCUGCUCUAGGCAUCACGUUUCGUGUCCCGCACCUCAGCUGGGACAGUAUGGCGGGCGAGAGAAAGCGUGGCUACCCAGCGAGUGUCAGCUAUCGAAGCCCAUGUUACAAGGAGUACAGCUACAUCGAAGACCACUUUGCCCGUGUUGGGGUGGCGUUGACUCGCGGAAAAGCCAUAACGCGUGUCGGUGUGGUCCACCCCAUCGAAAGCUUCUGGCUGUGCUCUAGUCCGAAUAACAGCUGUGAUGGCGAGACCCUUCGUCGCGAAAAGGAGUUUGCGGAGCUCACCGAUUGGCUGCUUCACGGAUUGGUGGACUUUGACUUCAUCGCCGAGAGUCUUUUGCCGGGCCAGAUUGGCGAAGACAUCUCAGCGCCUCUUAAGGUAGGCCACUGCGAAUACGACCUCAUCAUCUUACCGAAUCUUCGGACUAUUAGGUCAUCUACCCUCGAUGUUGUCAAGAAGUUUGCAGCAACAGGGGGCAAGGUCAUCAUCGCUGGUGAAGGACCAGUGCUACUUGAUGCCCAAGUCACACCGCCUGAUGUCGAUAUGAACAUCAAACCAAGCACCAGGGUUGCCUGGAGUAAAAGCGACAUCUUCUCAGCCGUCUCCGAGAGUCGCGAUCUGCAAGUUGAUCUGAAGGGAGGACAGCCGGCGAAGACUCUUCUCUAUCAGAUGCGCCAGGAUGGUGAUGAAAUGUUUCUCUUCAUCUGCAAUACGGACCGAAACAACCACUACGAUACGUUGGUAAACAUCAAGGGCGACUGGGAUGUUGUGAUUCUGGAUACCUUAACAGGCGAAACACACCACCAAGGGUCUAAAUACAGCAGCGGAUGGACAAUCUUUGAGCACCGGUUUGAGGGCUGCGCAAGCUUGUUGCUGAGACUUUACCCCGUCCCGGCCGAGGACCUGUCCUUCGUUGAAAUCGCGGAAGAAGUAGCCCCCAUGUCGCCCAAACAGCAGACUGUGGAGCUGAAACUGGACGAGGUCAUUCUUUCCGAACCAAACGUCUUGAUGCUUGACUAUGCGCUAUAUAGGAUCGACGAUGGCCCGUGGGAGGAUGUCACGCGUCAAGAGGUCUCGAAAAUCGAUGACGAAAUCCGAGCUCGCCUGCGUCUUCCUCCGAAGGGCUCAGCGUGGAAGCAGCCAUGUAGUGUGCCGUCAUCAGGACGAGUUCCGAGGGUAUACGUCGAUCUACGCUUCGAGUUUGAGUCACAGACCAUCGUCAAAACGCCCUCGUUUCUCGCCAUGGACAACCCGGAGAAUGCAAGAAUCACUGUCAACAGUCGCAAACUGCUUGUUGACGAGAGGAGCUCGUCCUGGUGGGCCGACGAAGAUAUCAGAACGGUCCCGCUGCCAAAGAGGACGAUCAGGAGGGGGAAGAACAUCAUUGAACUCAGUAUGCCGUUUGGCAUCUUGGCGAAUUUGGAAAGGAUUUACCUUCUUGGCAGCUUCAGCGUUGAGCUGAAGAACAAUUUGCCAAUUCUCUGCGAACGACGCCAGAGCCUAGGCUGGGGCGAUAUCGUGGCGCAAGGACACCCGUUCUAUACCGGGAACGUCACUUACCAUUGCAGCUUUUCAACAAAAUCCCGAUCGAACGUCACGCUAUCGGUUCCGCACUUCGCUACGCCGGUUGUAAAAGUCAAGUGGGGAAAGAAGAGCGGACAUAUCGCCCUGCAGCCGAGAACCCUAGCCCUCGGGGAGAUUGAAGUUGGGAAACACGACAUCUCCAUUACCGCUUUUGGAUACCGAUAUAACUCUUUUGGGAACGUCCACUUGAAAGACUGUGUCUCUGGUGGCAGGCCUGAUCUGUGGCGAAGUUGGGCUUGUAGUGAUGAAUAUCUAUUGAAACCUACUGGAAUCCUGGAAAAGCCCUCUGUUCUUGUGGAGGCUGAGGAUGAAGGUGAUGACUGGAUCGUUUUAGCGAGGUGA